AUGAAAGUCCCAGGCGGGGGAGGCCUCGGCAGCAGCAUUUGGGAUCAGGUAAUGCAGUUUGUUGAGCCAAGUUGGCAGUUUGUGAAGGAUUCAGUUCAGCUGGAAAGAUGCACCAAACCUGACUGAAAAGAAUUCCAGAAGAUUGCUAUGGCAACAGCAAUAGGACUUGCUAUAAUGGGGUUCAUUGGCUUUUUUGUGAAACUGAUCCGUAUCCCUAUUAAUAACAUCAUUGUCAGUGGCUGA